UUAUGUCUCGUCGCUCUCAUGAUCGAACGCUGGAGAUGCUGCCACACAGCUGACCUAUGUCACAGAGGUCUGUGAGGCUGGAGCUGGAGGGCAACAAGAAAGGACCCGAACGUGACAAGAACGGGAAGCUCAUAGUGCCAUCCACGACCAGCCCGUCACACCAUCUUUUUUUCCGAUGGGAUGAACCAGGUGAAGCUGAUAGAGCCGAUGAUGGAGCCCCAGUCUUCCUUUGCGAGAUACCCAUUGCACAACGGACCCUGCAACUUGUUCGUCAGCUUCCCUAUGGCUCCUCCUUCUCGGAUUGGGGUCCCAUGGUUGCUAUUUGCGACUAUGUCAUGGAAGUGCAUCGCCAGCUCCUGAGGAGUGGCAAACGAGUUGUGGAGCUUGGCUGCGGCGUUGGUCUGCCGGCACUCGUUUGUGCAUCGAUGGGUGCCCGAGUUCUGGCCACGGAUCUUCCAUCUGCUUUGCAGGACUUGGAAAAGAAUGGCGCUGCCAACGGAUGGCCUCAAAAGAUUUGGAGAGUUGUAGGUGGCGGCUCAGAAGGUGUGCCUGUGAGCAAGGAGCGUGGUGGCAAGAUAGAGAAGGAGCGCUUGUCACAAGGUGCUUUGGUGGAGGAGUUGGAACUGAAGCAAGACAUGAAUUUGAUGUAUUAUCGUCGGAUGACUGGGACUGGUCCAAAAGAAGGGUGGGUUCAGCUCGUGCGGCCCAAUGGCAUCAAGCCACUUCUCAUCAAAACCGAGCUGCGCCCGCCACGGCGCAAGGCGCAAGGCAAAGACAUGGGCAACGGUUCGCUGAUCGUCACAUCUUUGCGCUGGAACGGUGAUGAAGCGCUGAAACUCAUGAGUCGAGCGGAUGAGCUGGAGGAUGCAGCUGAAGCCCUUCAGCUUGAACAUAGCAAGGUUGUUCCAGAACAGCCCAAACUGCGAUCCGACGACUUCAUCAUGUUGCCUGGGACGAUAGUCCGACCCGAGGGCUUCCCAAAGCUGGCCGAUUUGGUGAUUUGUUCGGAUUGUGUUUGCGAACCUGCGUAUGGUGAGACCUGGGAGCAGCUUGUAGAGGUCCUCGAGAAGAUCUUGGCUCCAGAUGGCUCAGUGCUGAUUUCCUUGAGGAGGCGCAGCCACGAUGGCAUAGAGAACUUCGUGAUGCGCUUGGGAAGGAAUUUGCGCUUUCAACGCUAUCGCUACCGAAAGUCUGACCCGGCCAAUGCAGAUGGUGUGGAUUUGAUUUGCGCGUCUUGGCCCAGCAAGAACGAGCAGUUCGAGCAAUCAGUGGAUUCGCCAAGAAAUCCACGCGAGUCGCAAUAUGCGCUGCGUGCAGAAAGCUUUGAGUUACUGCCUGGGAGCCUGGAAAAUCUGGACGAAUCAUGUCCACCAUUUGAAGGGCGAAAAUUCUUGAAGAAAUGAACUAGUGCUUUAACUUACUAAGAUUUACUAAGUCUUUCUUGUCGAUGAAAGGCAGAAGUGCUACAUACAAAGUUGUCAGGGCACUAUGUGAGGCAAUUUGGCCCAAUCCUGCGCAGAACUGUGCGCAACUGUGUCAUGUUGCUGAAGAUAAUGUACCAGGUUGUCUAGCUGCAUUGAAUAAGAUGCGGUAGAGUUUUCAGAGAACCUGGAGCAAAAGGAAA